AUGGGGCGUGGAAGGAUACCUAUGGAUCUGAUAGAGAAAGAGAAGGCUCGAAAAACAACAUUUCAGAAGAGAAAGAACGGAUUAAUUAAGAAAGUUUACGAGUUUUCGACUCUUUGUUCAGUUGACGUUGGUGUGAUUAUCUUUGCCUCAAAGUUUCUUGAUGAACCUGAAAUAUGGCCACAGGAGCCAAGAGAGUUCAAACGUGUGAUUCAGAAAUAUCUGAACACCACCAGUGAUAGACGUUCAAAGGUGUAUGACGUGGAAGAGUAUUUUAGUGAAAGAAUGAAAAGGAUCGAAGGCGAGAUUUCCAAAGUGCAGAAAGGGAAGAUCCAGCUCUUGUAUCCAACCUGGGAUGACUCUUACAAUGUUCUUAAAGAGGAACAAUUGAGGAUGUUUGUUAGCAUUCUGGAUGCUAAGCUUGAUGUUUGUAAUCAAAGGAUGAACAUGUUCAAGCGUGAUUCAAAGGGGAAAGCAAUAGCAGAAUCGGAGAAUGAUGAAACACUUGUUCCCUAUUUGACUCCAACUUUAGGUUUCAUGCACAACAUGUCUCAAACACAGGUUUUCUCUACUAAUGAUAACAAUCAAGUACCAUUUUAUCCAUGUCAUCUGAGCCAAAGUUCUCUACCUUUGUUUCAAUUGGGUCAAAACUUUACCCAAUUGAUGGAAAAAAGUGCAGCAGUGGAUUGGGGUAAUCAAGUUGGUGCAAGUGAUCACAAAAUGGGUACACAGAAGGAGGAUGGAUUAGACAAAAAUCAAAACUUCUCUUCGUGUUAUUACAAUGCAGAUAUAACAAUGCAGCCAUAUAAUAUUAAUAAUGUUGCUUUUCAAACUCUUCCUUCUCAAUUGCAGUGCGAUGCAACGUUCCAGAGCCUGUCAAAUCGACCAAGUCCAUCACAGAGAUUUGAACCUAAUGGCUAUGACGAUUCUAAUAUGCUUCAACCUCAUUUUUUAAACUAUAUGCACAGAAGAAAGUAG